AUGACAGAUGGGCUUCACAAAUCCCGCCUAUUAAACGUUGAAGAGAAACCGUUCAAGCGGAUAACAAAGCGCCUACUUGCUCCAAACUCCCUAAUAUCCUCGCCGGGCUCAUUCCUUGCAACACCGCCGCCUGAAGCGACACCUGGAAACGCCGAUGCAAUCCAGGAGCAUGAAGCAGAGAAGCAGAAAAUGCUGGAAGAAUGGAGACAACUUCGAGAGGAUAUAACCCUGGAUUUUACCGCGUUUGAAAGCAGCCUUGUACGAAUCCAGCUUCUCCUGGCAAGUAACGAGAAGGAGCGGGAGCGGUAUGCAGCGGAGAAGCUAGAGAUUAUGGCGACGGCGCAGGAGGUUCGAGAUAACACCACCGAGCUACGGUUGCAACUUGAAGAAGCGCAGAAUACGCUUGCACUACGAAAAACAUAUGACGAAUUAGCGGACAAGAUCACUUCUAACCGAUUGCUUCGACCACGAGAUGAUCAGCAGGCGAAUCUAGAAAAGCUGCAUGCUGAGAUUGCGAAACUGGAGAAGGAGAGCUCAGAAUACGCGCAGACAUGGGCUGAGCGAAGAGAGCAGUUUGGGCGUAUUGUUGAUGAAGGGAUGCAUCUUAGGCGGUUGAUCAGAGACGAAAAAGAGGAAGUGGAGAGGCGAGAAGGGAUGGAAGAGGAUGACGACGGAGAUGAGGGGGAUGCUAGUUCCAAAGGGAAGAGGAGUGCAGCCAGCACGCCCCGGCCAGACCCAGAGAAUAGCGUGACUCCUUCGCAACAGACUGGAACUGGUACUGGUGCUGGAGGGGAGGAAACGAAUCCCGUGGUUGCAAAGCUUCAGGCCGAGAAGUCUGGUCCUGCAACGCGUGGUGGCACUCCCCUUAGGCAGACCAUUACUGCAUCAGAAACUUCUACUCCAGAAGAAAAAAGGAUUUCCAAAGACGACGGGGACGAGAAUAUGGUGGAUGAGGGCGAGAUUUCUGGGGACGAAGGGGAGGCUCAAGAGGGGACAACCUCACAGGCUAUGGAGGAUGAUUUUGAAGAAGGAGAAGAGAUACCUGAUUCCCGGUCUACAGAGAAAAUGGAUACCACUUAG